AUGGCGAGCGUAUUGGAUCAAAUUAAAAAAGUGACCACUGUGGUCGCGGACACCGGCGAUUUUAAAGCAAUGGAAGAAUUUCAUCCGACUGAUGCAACCACGAAUCCUUCUUUGCUGCUUGCCGCUACGAAGAUGGAUGCCUACAAGCACUUCCUGACUGAAGCAAUUGAAUACGCCAAGAAGCAUGCCACUGAUCGAGAUCAGAUCAGGACGAUCGCUAUGGAGAAAUUAUUUGUAUUAUUUGGAAAACAAAUUCUGACAAUCAUUCCGGGUCGAGUAUCAACUGAAGUGGAUGCAAGACUCUCAUUCGAUAAAGAUGCACAAAUCACAAAAGCACUUCAACUUAUCAAACGCUAUGAAGAGGAAGGAAUCAGCAAGGAUCGAAUUCUUAUCAAAUUAUCGUCGACAUGGGAAGGUAUCCAAGCUGCGAGGGUGUUGGAGAGCCAGCAUGGUGUACAUUGCAAUAUGACGUUGUUAUUUGAUUUCUAUCAAGCAGUUGCGUGCGCAGAGGCUGGAGUCACACUGAUUUCGCCGUUUGUUGGCCGUAUUCUUGACUGGAACGUACAACAUACUGACAAAAAAUUAUUUGAUCGGCAUACCGAUCCGGGUGUUUUGAGUGUAACAAAAAUCUACAACUAUUACAAGAAAUACGGAUAUAAAACUCAAGUGAUGGCCGCAUCGUUCAGGAAUACCGAAGAAAUUAAGGGUCUUAACGGUUGUGACCUCCUGACGAUCAGUCCAUCUCUGUUGAAACAGCUCUCGGAAGACAAAGAAACAAUUCCCGUCGUUUUGAGUGCUGAAAAUGCUUCUAAGUGUGACCUCGAGCGCAUCACCGUACCUGAAGCGAAAUUCCGUUUCGAGAUGAACGAGAAUACGAUGGCAAACGACAAGUUAUCUGAAGGUAUUCGAAAGUUUGCUGCGGAUGCAAGAGCUCUCGAGAAAAUGAUGGAUUCUUGUAUGUAA